AGUGGGACCACGCCCCCCUGGACUUGUGUUCUGCAGUGAGGACCAUCUCUGUUUUAACCGUUAACAGAACAGUAUCAUCUCUGUACCCUACAACCCAGAAUUACUGUGAACUACAUUUCCCAGACUUCCUUUGAACCCGAUUUCUUUCUUGGACCUCAGUGCUUUCCGUACACUCGUGACGAGAUCGCCUCUGAUGUUAGUCAUGGGGAAGAAGUGUUCGCAGUAGGUCUGCAGUUAGCAGGUCUGAUGUGUAAUUAAUGUUCAAAGAAGACAUGGCCAACAUCGCGAAGAAAGUGUCAUGGUCCAGCCGAGGCGAUGAUCGCGGAGAGAGAGCGCCACUGCUGAACGGAGCCGAGGACGGGAAACACAGCAACAGACAGUUUUCCGGGGGAGGUAUGUUUCAUGUAGGCAGCCGGAGCACUGUGGACCUUGAGGAGGAAAUCACACCCGAAGAGGACAUUGUGAAGAGUCGGCUGAAGGAAAUCCCUCACAACGAAAAGCUGCUGUCCCUCAAAUACGAGAGUCUUGAUUAUGAUAACAGCGAGAAUCAGUUGUUUCUGGAGGAAGAGAGGCGGAUGAGUCACAUGGGUUUCAGAUGUCUGGAGAUCAGGCGAUGGGUGAUCUGUGGUCUGAUUGGGUUUCUCACUGGUCUCAUCGCAUGCCUGAUAGACAUUGCUGUGGAGGAAUUAGCUGGUUAUAAGUACUCUGCAGUCAAACAAAACAUUGAGAAAUUCACAGAGUUUGGAGGCCUGUCCAUCUCUCUUAUACUGUGGGCAGCGCUGAACUCCGCUUUCGUUAUGGUGGGUGCUAUCGCUGUUGCUUUUUUUGAGCCCAUUGCAGCAGGAAGUGGAAUUCCUCAAAUAAAAUGUUACCUGAAUGGAGUGAAGAUCCCUUGUGUUGUUCGACUAAAGACUCUGGCGAUAAAGGUCUUUGGUGUGAUCUGCUCAGUUGCUGGAGGUCUCGCUGUUGGAAAGGAAGGACCCAUGAUUCACUCGGGAGCAGUGGUGGCCGCAGGAGUAUCUCAGGGCAGAAGCACUUCACUGAAAAAAGAUUUUAAGAUAUUUGAGUAUUUCCGCAGGGACACAGAGAAGAGAGACUUUGUCUCGGCAGGAGCUGCGGCUGGAGUCUCCGCUGCCUUUGGAGCCCCUGUUGGUGGGGUUCUGUUCAGUUUAGAGGAAGGCGCGUCUUUCUGGAACCAGAUGUUGACGUGGAGAAUUUUCUUUGCUUCAAUGAUCUCCACCUUCACACUGAACUUUUUCCUGAGUAUUUAUCCUAAACCCCGUAUAACUAACUUUGGCCGUUUUGACAGUGAUACUGUACAGUAUAAUUUAUAUGAAAUUCCUCUCUUCAUUAUCAUGGGAGCUUUAGGAGGGAUGCUUGGAGCAUUGUUCAAUGUCAUCAAUUACUGGUUAACAAUUUUCAGAAUAAGGUACAUUCACCGGCCGUGCCUACAGGUGAUGGAGGCUAUGCUGGUUGCCGCGGUGACUGCUACAGUUGCCUUUGCUAUGAUCUAUUUCUCCAAUGACUGCCAGCCGUUGGGACAGGACAGCACUGAGGAAUAUCCCCUACAGCUCUUCUGUGCUGAUGGUGAAUAUAAUUCCAUGGCCACCGCCUUCUUCAACACCCCUGAGCGGAGUGUGAGGAGUCUGUUCCACAACCCUCCAGGAUCUUACAACCCCUUGACUUUGGGGGUCUUCACUCUGGUCUAUUUCGUCCUGGCUGUCUGGACGUAUGGUCUGACCGUGUCCGCAGGAGUGUUCAUCCCGUCUCUGCUCAUUGGAGCAGCCUGGGGACGACUAUUUGGGAUCCUUCUGUCUACCAUUACUUCCAGCCAGUCAAUUUGGGCGGAUCCUGGGAAAUAUGCUCUAAUAGGUGCUGCGGCCCAGCUUGGUGGUAUUGUCAGAAUGACCCUCAGUCUCACUGUAAUCAUGGUAGAAGCCACCGGGAACGUGACCUAUGGCUUUCCCAUCAUGCUUGUGCUCAUGACUGCCAAGAUUGUGGGGGAUUACUUUAUAGAGGGCCUGUAUGACAUCCAUAUUAAGCUGCAGAGUGUUCCUUUCCUCCACUGGGAUGCUCCUCCUACUUCUCAUUGGCUGACGGCCAGAGAGGUCAUGAGCUCUCCGGUCACCUGCUUCAACAGAGUGGAGAGAGUCGGGAGAAUCGUGGACGUCCUUAGCAACACAUCCACCAAUCACAACGGCUUCCCAGUGGUCGCCCAUACUACUGAGAACGAGGAGCCAGGAAAAAUCUGUGGACUUAUUCUUCGCUCCCAGCUCAUUGUUCUUCUCAAACAUAAGGUGUUUGUGGAAAGGGCGUCUUCACGUCUCAGCCAAAGGAGGCUACAGCUGAAGGACUUCAGAGAUGCAUAUCCACGUUUCCCCCCCAUCCAGUCCAUCCAUGUCUCUCAGGACGAGAGGGAGUGCAUGAUGGACCUCAACGAGUUCAUGAACCCGACCCCAUACACUGUGCCUCAGGAGACUUCACUCCCCCGUGUGUUUAAAUUGUUUCGGGCGCUAGGACUGAGACAUCUGGUGGUGGUUGAUGAUGAAAACAGGGUUGUGGGACUGGUAACCAGGAAGGAUCUAGCCCGCUAUCAUUUGGGUAAAGAUGGUCUGGAGGAGCUUCAGCUGGCUCAGACAUGAUUGGUCAUCAUGUUCACCCCGGACUCUGCCUUCAGGGCACCAGCUUUGGACCUUAAAAACUCAGGGGCUGGUCAGAGUCUCUCAUGUCAAAGAUCCCAAACACAAACCUGCACAAACAUGCACAAUUUGUCUGAAGUUCAGGAUUUUUAGGGGUUGAUCAUUUGAAAAAUACAUUUUUGCUCCGUUAUCACACAGUUAGUUAUGCGUUUAUUUUUGCCUGUAGAAAUACAGCGGAUGAGCACAUUGUGUUAGUUUUGGACAAUGAGACUGUUUAUUUAUUACAAUUAUAAUAUUUUAGAGUAAAUGAGCUUUUCGGGAGCCCUCACUUUAUGUGCCUCUCAAAAAGCACCACUUUGUGUCAUACAAAUGAUAAUGUAUAUUGACAUAACAAUGUGUCAGUAUGCACUUUUUAUUUUUCAUUUUCAGCAAGGCUGUGGUUUUGAAUACUUGCUAAUGCUUAACAGGAUCUAGUCUUGUUAGCUCACAGUAAGCUAUUCAUUAUAAAUAUGCAGGACAAUUGAAGCAAGUUUCCUGAUAUGGAAUAAAAUAGGUUCUUCUCAUUAAGAAACCUGUUGGUGAUGUGCACUUAAUAUACAGACUACUACAUAUUAUAUUGUAACAGAUAUGCAAAUAUGGUUCAUUACAUUUUUGUUUACCUAGUGCUGUUUUAUUAAUUUAAUUGGUAUUAAAUCUGGUAGGGUGGAUUCAGCCCUAAAAUUAAAUGCAUAAAUCCUAUUUUUCACAAGUCUGUUGGCUCUGGCAAGUUUUGGUACAAGUUUAAAACUAUAGCUAGAGGUUUUAUGUAAUACAUUUCGUGAGGGUAGUUCGUGUCUACACAAUGUGAAUUUUCUGCCUUGAGCUGCAUUUGUUUUCUGUGAAAAUCUAUACUUUAAAAUGAACAUAUAAAUCACAGUAUUGAGCAGUUAAAGAUGAUUAUGCUAAAAUAAUUGCAACAAACAUUAUUUAACUGAACAUCGGAUGAAGCGUAUAAACAUGACGGCCUGUUUUGUUUGUGUGCUAUAAAGUUUGACUUGUAGACUCUAUGAUUCGUUGUUUAAAGCCAACAUUUAUUUUUAUUGAUUAAUGAUAUUUCUCUAUGCCGAUCUCAACUUUUUAUAUGGUUGUUGAUUUGAAGUAAAAAAGAAGAGUUUUAUAACCAUUUGAACAACUUUGUGAACUAAUAAAGCUAUGAAUCUAUGAA